CUGCAGGCAACCAGCUGCAAACAGUGAACAACCAAGUGCUGCAGUGAACGGAGCCGAGGAGCCGCUCGAUGUGCUGCACAGAGAAGGACCUGCUUGAUGGAUCCACUCCUGUUUAGCAUUUUGAUGUGAAAGACGGGAUCCUGUUGUCUGGAAGGGGAAUCCAUGAAAUCAUUUUGGAAGAUAAUACGCAUGUGUCAGACUCGGCUUUGGAUGUGUCUUUGAAUUGUCAGUGGAAUUAGGGUAAGAAGACACAAAACCAAAUGCAGUGGACAUAAGAGGCAAUCAGAAAGCCAGUGGAAGCCUCCAACAGACAGCUGAUGGUGGAGCUAUUAUCUCAGGGACAUGCUUUCAGACUGAGGAUGGAACAAGGGGAAUCUGUCCUUGACCAGCGGAUUACCAGGCUGAGGAGCAAUACCCAAACACUGCACAAGCUGUGCAGUUGUGGAAUUGUCUGCUAUUAACUCUGACUGACACUAAAAAUGGACUCAAUUGCUUAUAAUGUUAAGCUUUAAAAACAUUACCUACUUGUGCAGUGGUUGUCUAUGUGAUGAUAGUCAUCCGUCUGAGCCAGAGUGGAGAGAUGUCUAACAAUAAGAUGCACUCACUUGUUGGAAGAGGAUGUACGAAAGACUCGUUUCCAAAAACUAAAAUGAUGUCCUGCAGACAACGAGUUCCUGUCUGUUUUCAUUCCCUCCCUUUUUUCUUGCUCCUGUUCUACCUGGUUACUCCUGCUCUGUCCAUUCAUUUGGAGUACAUAGAGAGCCACAGUGAAUUUAGCUGUGAACCCAUCAGACUGAGAAUGUGCCAGGAUCUGCCUUACAACACCACCUUUAUGCCAAACCUAUUGAAUCACUACGACCAGCAAACUGCGGCACUCGCCAUGGAGCCUUUUCAUCCCAUGGUAAACCUGGUGUGCAGUGCCGACCUGAGGAUGUUCCUGUGUGCCCUGUACGCCCCUGUGUGCACAGAGUACGGCCAGGUGUCCAUGCCAUGUCGAUCCCUCUGCCAGCGGGCCAAGGAUGAGUGCAACAAACUCAUGGAGAUAUUUGGAUUAUCUUGGCCAGAUGACAUGGAUUGUAGCAGGUUCCCAGAUUGCGACGAGCCCUACCCCCGCCCAGAGGACUUGUUAACAAGCUCUGACCCCACUGACCAGUCGUCCAUGACCGUCCAGAGAGACUAUGGGUUCUGGUGCCCCAGAGAGCUCAAAGUCGACCCAGACCUGGGUUACUCAUUCAUGGGCAAGAGGGACUGCUCUGCCCCCUGCCCCUCAAUGUUCUUCAACCGACAGGAGCUGAAUUUCAUCCGCUACUUCAUUGGAGUUGUUUCCAUCGUCUGUUUAUCUGCCACCCUCUUCACCUUCCUGACGUUUCUCAUCGAUGUUACCAGGUUUCGAUACCCUGAACGGCCAAUAAUCUUCUACGCUGUGUGUUACGUCAUGGUGUCGCUGAUUUUCUUUCUUGGCUUCCUGUUGGAAGACAGGGUGGCUUGUAACGCAGUCAGUCCCACCCAGUUCAGAGCUUCGACCAUAACACAGGGAUCACACAACAAGGUGUGCACCUUGUUCUUCAUGGUCCUGUAUUUCUUCACCAUGGCCGGCAGUGUGUGGUGGGUCAUGCUGACCAUCACUUGGUUUCUGGCCGCUGUGCCUAAAUGGGGCAGCGAGGCCAUCGAGAAGAAAGCCCUCCUCUUCCACGCUGUUGCCUGGGGGCUUCCAGGGGCCCUGACUGUCACCCUGUUGGCCCUGAACAAAAUUGAAGGCGAUGGGAUCAGUGGAGUGUGUUUCAUAGGGCUGUAUGACAUCGACGCCUUGAGGUGGUUUGUUCUGGCACCGCUCUGCCUCAACGUGGCGGUGGGUGUUUCUCUCCUAUUGGUGGGCAUUGUGGCUCUUAACCGUGUACGCAUGGAGAUCCCUCUAGAGAAGGAGAACCAGACCAAACUUGUCAAGUUUAUGAUCCGAAUGGGGGUGUUCUCGGUGCUCUACCUGGUCCCCUUGUUGACUGUGAUCGGGUGCUACCUGUACGAGCACACCUACAGGAGCAUCUGGGAGACAACGUGGAUGGAGGAGAACUGCAGGCGUUAUCACAUCCCCUGUCCAUUUAAGGUGGAGCAGACUAACCGGCCGAACAUGGUUUUGUUCUUGAUUAAAUAUGUGAUGAUGUUGGUGGUUGGGAUCCCCUCUGUGUUCUGGGUUGGCAGCAAGAAGACCUGCUUUGAAUGGGCUAGCUUCCUGCAUGGACGCAGACGCAAAGACAGUGGGGUGAAUGAGUCUCGUCAGGUGCUGCAGGAGCAGCCAGACAUCGCUCAGUCUCUGCUGCGUGAGCCAAACACCCCAAUAAUAAGGAAGUCUCGUGGAACAUCCACUCAGGGCACAUCUACCCACGCCUCUUCAACCCACUUAGCUGUCCUGGACGAUCUGGAUGAACCCAUCAGAACUCACCAUGGUCACACUGCCUCCACCAAGAGUAAGGCCGGCAGCGUCCACAGCAAGGCCAGCUACCACGGUAGCCUACGCCGCACUCGUGACGACAGGAGUGAUACUUUGGUUCACAGAGGUACACAGGAGCGCAGUUACCAUGGCAGCAUGCCACGUCUGGACCACCCACUCUCCACCCACAGCAGCCUUCAUCAGUUAGACAGCCACUCGAGGCACGGCAGCCAGCGAGACGUCACUGAGCCUCCACAGACCCUCAUCACCCACGGAACAACUGCAAGUGAGAGCCCAGCAGAAGAGCAUGAAGGCACCAGCGCCUGAGAGGACUCUCAGUCUCUACAGUAAACUUAGAGCCUUUUAAAGAUUUCCCCUCAGCAGACACACACACAUCUGUUUAGUUGUGAAUGUUUCCCUCUACCUGGAUGGAGAAUUCCAGUGAUUACUGCAGAGGGGAUUUUUGGCAUUAGUUCCUUGGUGAUCAUUUGUUAGCACUGUGGCUAAAGGCUAACACAGCUCAGCCAGUGUUCUUGACUGGAAUUUGACAAAUGCAGUUCAGUUUGUUCACCUAAUUUUUUGAACCCACACAGUUCUUAACUCCUGAGUUUUUGACUCAAACUGGCUGAUAAAAGGCAUUUUCAGGGAUCAUCUGCGUUGUACCCGGGUCAACCAGAGCUAGCAAUGGAUAGGAGACAAUGAGACGUGGAAAGGAAAAGUCUCCAUGCUGUACAAAGAAGACAACUGUUUCCUGCAGGCGUAGCUUGUUUGAUUCAUUCAAUUCUGGAUUUGGAGGUCUCAUGAUGGACCUAUUUCCAGGAUGUGUCUCCACCUUGCAGGGCCUAUACGAAUGAAUAUUAUUAAAUAAGUGAACACUGCCGAGUAUUGCUUUAUAACAAUCUUAAAUGUUCUGCUCUGUUGGUAACGUCAGACAAAAAUGUGGAAAUAGUCUGCCUCUGUUUUGACUGAGAUUUCCGAUGAUCUUUCUUCUGUACUGCAGCUCUUAAUUAAUUUCUUUUUGUCUUUGUGUGGCUUCAGCGCUCCACAAAUAUGAGCUUAAUGUGAAAUCGUGGACCUCUCUGUGGUUUAGUGAAAUAUUUUUAUACUGUGAAAAUUGUCUGCUUACUGCUGAAAGCUUCAUGUUGUGAGUAUUUUUCAUAAAGAGAAGAGGACAACUUUUGGGUUUAAAACUUUGCUUGUCUUCUCCCGUGGUGAGCUGAUGGAGAACUGAAAGAUGAAACGUGUGUAACCUAGAAUGUAAAAGGGGUUUGUCAGAGAUGGAGAUAUAACAAAGACAGGGUUAGGAUAAAUGAGCUGGAAUAAUGUGUGUGUGUGUGUGUGUGUGUGUGUGUGUGUGUGUGUGUGUGUGUGUGUGUGUGUGUGUGUGUGUGUGUGUGUGUGUGUGUGUGUGUGUGUGUGUGUGUGUGUGUUUGCACUUGCAGUGGACACACACUCAUCUUAGCUCAGCCUCCCUGAACUGUUUGAGCACUGACUCGUCUGUAAAGAGGCAUUAGCUUGGACAAGGCAGCUGUGGAAACCAUCAAGAUGACAUUUGUACUCCGCCAAUCAAUCUAUUUCAAGACCUGAUGUUGUUCUGUGCUGUACUAUACUGACAGUGAGAACUGACAACUGUAAAUUGAUAACCAGAGUGUUGUUAAUCAGGUACUGCAUUCAGUCCUUAUGGCUGCAUAAGCUGCAAACAUGAAUGCUACUUCUUUGCUAAUAUCUUUUACAUACUCAGAAAAGGCGUCUUCAACAAAAAAAAUGUACUUUGUAAUUUUCACCACUGUACUUGAUAUUUACCUAAACUGCUUCUGUACAGACGCUGUGCUCGUGUGUGUUUGUUUGGUUGUUCAGACAUGGACCUCAGAUUUCAACAAACUGGUGCAGAUAGUGACAUGAAACUGUCGAAACAAUAAUGCUUGAUUAUUGUGCACUGCUUCAUUUUCUUUGACAUUUCACGCUUACCUUAAUGUGAGAGAGUGUGCAUUGUAAAUAUUUUUUUUAUAGUUUGUGUUGACCCCAGUCCCUGAAGACCCAAAUUAACCUACCUCACCUUACCCUGGGCCUUCUGUAUACAUGCACACACACACAUGUUCAUGUUAUGAGGUGCUUUCUGCCUAGAUCAGAACAUAUGGUGGUGAUCAUCUGACAAAAUCAAUCAAGUUUGAACUGAAUUUAUUGAACCUAAACACACUUUCUCAGAUAUCUGAAGCUUGCGUUCUGUCUGUCCCACAUUUUUCUUUAUGUUCUCCAGUCCAUCUUGUCAGUUCACGUGGACCCAGCCACCUUUACACUCUGUCUCUAUCUGACUUUUAUGGUCAGAAUGUUUAAACUUUCUCUGCGGUGCAUAGAUUCUCUAUCCCAUCUGAUGACUAAGCUGCCUCACAUUUGCCUUCUGCCUCUCCUCCUUUGAACGAGCCCACGCUGAUCUUUUUUUGGACCUACAGCAACUGUCUGUACUCUUUACAUUUGUGACUGCUUACAAACGUUAACUGUUGUGCUUUUGCCUCUGAACUGGACACCGCAGAGAGAAAGAGAUCAACUCUGCCACUAAACUUGACACACUGGAAAUCUGUCCUCUUGAAGUAUCACGGUGACAUCAUCAUACUGUGGUACAGCUUCAGAGUGAAAAGACAAGACAUUGUAGGUGAUGUUUCUAAAGCAUAAUAAUAUGGUGAAUUCUGAAACUUGAGUUGUAUUGUAUGCCUUUUAAUUUAUUUGCCGUUGGGACUGUAAAGAUUUCUUUACAUGCAGUCUAAUAAACUUUUUAUAAACUUCA